CCAUGGAAUAAAAUUGCUGAUUCCUUCAAGAAUUAAUUCAAAGUUGAUAAUUUUUUAUAUUUUUUUUUUAUAUAACAAAAUUAACACGUCUUCUUCUAGUAUCGAUAAAUUAUAUCGAUAGCAAUAUGGAUAAAACACAGGAGCCAACGAAGAAAUGUUUCUGUGCGAGAUGCUUUCUUCCCGUCGAUGCUGAGGAUAGGGUUGAUAUCGAAGGGCAUAGCUUCCACAGGCUAUGCAGCAUGUGUUGUGUCUGCCGAACGAUUCCUCCGUCUUUAAAGAUGUUUUAUGGGCACGUGUUCUGCAACGAAUGCUUCAAGACGCACGUACUGUCGCGGUUUAGGGGGGAGAGUCCGCGCAUCCACUCCAAUAGCUGGUGGAUGCAGUGGGCACCUGGCAACAAGCCUCAAGAGGCAGCAGCUGAUGACAACAAAGCAGAAACGAAGCCCGAGGGUCAACCUUCACCAGAGGAGCCGCCCAAGAAGUGUAUUUGCGCGCGCUGCCUGCAAUGCGUUGACAACUCCAAUAAAGUAGAAGUUGGUGGCCAGAGUUUCCACCCUCAAUGCGCGAAAUGCUAUUUCUGCCACACGAUCCCAACGGACAACAUCAAGAUCUAUUACGGGCAGGUGUUUUGCGAGGAGUGCUUCAACAAGCACGUGCUAAAUCGCAAUAAGGACAACCCAGCAGAGUUCUUUAAGCAGUGCUUCGACCAGUGGCAGAAUAAUGCUCAAUUCGCUGACAACAUGAGGGAGUUUAUGGCGGGGAACAAGGAUAAUAAUAAUUCGCCGUUUAUCUUCAUGAUGCAAGGGCAACAGCCGCCGUUCUGCCGAUGUGGCUCUGGCCCGCAGGAAUGGUUCCAGAAUAACGAGCCUAAGAAAUCUCUAGCAUCCACAACAAUAUAUAAUGCAUCUAGAGUCCCAAUUUAUACUGCACAUUUGACGGAGUGGCUCACCUGGCUGCUUCGAAUGUGUCGCGGGUUCGAUUCCCGCACGAACUUGUGUGACCCAGACAUUCUGCAGAGUCAGAUUUGGCUGGAAGUCUGA